AAAGCUGCGCCUGUCGCAUAACGUCAUGACGUCCGGAACCGCCUGUGUUUGAUGUCACAGCUGCAAUAAGAAUAUCAAACGGCACACUACAAAAAAUAGAGAGGAAAUAUUGCAGAUGGAUCUGCCCUGGCCCAAAGUUGCGUAGGGGCCGAGUAGUACACGUGUACACACUUCUGUACCUGUGCAGUUGGUGCUCUCGGAGUUGCGUCUGGCAAUGGCUUCUAAUUUAGCUGCAGCGUGUAGCGUUCGAAGCUUGGUCAUGUACGGGCUCGUUUGUAUCGUCGCAUUUUCAGCUUGCGUGAGCGCGCACAACCACGGACAUUCACACAGCAGCACACCAUCUAAGUCGGUUCAGUUUCGAGAAAGAUGGGACGCCACCGAUGUGGUCCGAGACAUAGAGCAUAUAAAAGAGGACCUGGCGACUCUUGUGGACAUGAAGAACACCGGAGAGCUGACGGACGAGGAGAUCACCUUUUAUUUUUUCCGCAUGCACGACUUCGACGACAACACGAUGCUGGACGGCAUUGAGUUAUUGUCCGCUAUGCAACAUACUAUCGACCACGGCUUCGCGCCACCGGACUUGGGUCAGCAGAGCCUGGACGAUAUGAUUAGUGAGUACUCGCCUGUGCUUCUCUUUACUUAA